CUUGGAAUCAUAGCACCACCCAAGGCCGCCUAACCUUCAAACAACUCACAGAACCAACACCACCGACAUUACAACCCUCUACAGCCUAUACCCGCUGUUCUUUCUCAGACGAGAAGAAGCAUAUAUAUUGAUUAUUUCUUUCUUGCUGUGUUAUUUGCCCUCGUUGAGGCCUCAAGACCCGAAACCCGGCGUGGUAAUCGCCGCCUUUGUCAGAUCAGGCAAACGGAUCAUCACUUCACCAGGUUGACGAUAUCAUCCACGCCCCGGACCCAGUGGCCCCAACGAUAACAGACCAGGCAGCAAGAGGCUGACCUGAAGCGGCCAUCGUCGUCAAUACCCAACAACCGUUACAACAAACACACACCUCCAAGAUGUUCUCGGAAUAUGCCUCCCGUUUCCUCGCUCAGUCUCAGUCCCGAAUUUCCAGCUUCGUUCAACCCCCGGAAAGCGACGCUGGUUCUGUCGCCCCAUCUCGUUCACGUCGCUCCUCGCGCCCUCUCGCCAGCACAGGUCGUGCAUACGCCGGGCGCUCAGCGCUGGGGAAUCCAUAUCAGGGCGGUGGUGGGGGACAGCUGAGCGGGUUCCCAUUUGCAUCACGACUGUCGGCGGCGCCCGAUGCGCCGCUGUUUCAUAGUGCGCUGGAUGAGUUCAGGGAAGAGGAUGAUGAGGAGGAGAGGGAGAGGGAUUUAGCGGACUUUUAUGCGCUGCAGAGGUCCAGGAGAGUGGUGGGUGCGAGGAUGGAGGAGAGUGAGGAGACGGAACGGGAGGGUGGGAGUACGGUGGAGUUGAGUAGGGAGGAGGAGAGGGGCGGGGGAAGAGGUAGGGGGAUCAAGAGUAGUUGGCAUGGAGGAAGAGGGAGCGUAAGAGAGCGGGGGCAAGAACCGGAGACGCUCAGGGAGGUGCCGGAGGGAAUACGUUAUGAGGAAAGCCAGAGGAGGACGAAUAGCGAUGCAAGCAGCAAUGAGAGGGGACGCAUGGUGGAUAUUGGGCUGGAAUCAGCUAUUGACGAUAAUGUGCCGCCGGAUGACCUUACUUAUGAAGCCGCUGAUGACUCUCCUCCGGCAUUCCAGCAGUUUCGAACGCCUGAGAGCGGCCCGGGGAGGAUGCCGGAUUCGAAGAUCUUUCACGGGAAUAGGGAUUUGGAGGCUGCUAUGAUGGAUAGCACGAGGCCUCCCAGUGUUGUGUCAACGGUUCCUGCGACGAUGGGACCGAUGGCAAUGGGUGAAUUGCCAAAACACGAUAUAUUCUGGGGAUCACUCUAUCUCAUCGGACUUGCGGCGCUCUUCUCAACCUUCUUCCUCGUGUUCUUGCACACGUCGACGCCGAGUUCGAAGGUUCCGCUUGGCGAUACUAUAUACACGGCACUUCGGGCGUCAUCUCACCUAUUGGCAGUCGACACGGUCGUUGCGGUUAUCAUCUCACUGCUUUGGCUAGCACUCCUCAGGUCCUUCGUACGGCCCCUAGUCUACAUCCUCGUUGUCGCAGUUCCUGUGAUCCUCUUCUCAUUCUCUCUCUACCCGCUGAUCUCCUCCUACAAAGGCGUCGAGCACGGGACCUCAAUCCAAGACCGCGCCAUGCGCUGGCUCUCCUUUGUCCCCCUCCUCACCGCCAUAAUCUGGAGCUACACCGUCUUUCAAGGCCGACACUCCCUCCACAAAGCUGUCGGAAUCCUCGAAUUCUCGUCGCGCAUCCUCGCCGCCAACUCCGCGCUCCUCACCCUCGGCUUCGCGACUCUCGCCUCCGUAAUCCUCUGGACCUGGCUUUGGCUGGCCAUGUUCACCCGCGUCUUCCUCGGCGGCCACCUCGUUUCCUCCAUCUUCAUCAUCGACUUCGCCACCUGGUGGCUCGGCGCCUUCUUCGUCCUCAUGUACCUCUGGACGCUCUCCGUCCUCAGCGGCCUCCAACGCGUCGCCACAGCCGCCACAGUAAGCCAGUGGUACUUCCACCGCAACGCCGCGCCCGCCCCGUCCUCGCGCGACAUCGUCCUCGCUGGCCUGACUCACGCUUCAACCACCCAAUUCGGCACUAUCUGCCUAGCUACCCUCCUCGCGCUCGCUAUCCGCCUGCCGGUCCUACUCCUCCCACGUCGCCUCCUCGCAUGCGCUUCUCUAUUCGCGUAUAACCUCAUUCCAUCCCCCGUUGCCUCCCUCACGAACCCGCUCACCCUCACCUACGCGGGCAUCCAGUCACAGCCUCUCGCACCAUCCGCGCGUGCCUUGAGCCACAUGACAUAUCUCGGUCUCCAGGGCCCGACAAGCACCUUAGCGCCACGCUCGUUCGGAGCCAGGAACCAAGGGAACGCGCCGCUGUUGCCGUAUAGGCUCGCGAAGCUGCUGCUGCACGCGACGCGCUGUAUUAUGGCUGUAUCCCUCGGAUUCGGCGGCUGGGUCGCUACGGCGCAGCAGCUGGAGGUUGCAGGGAGCAAGGGGGUUCGGGGGAGCGUGUACGCUUAUGUGGUUGGGAUGGUAGCGGGGUUUAUUGGGUGGGGCGUGCUUGGGGCGAUGGAGGGGGUGUUGGCGGGGAUUGUGGAUGGGGCGGUUGUGUGUUGGGGGAUUGAGAGGGGGACGGUUGGGGGGGGGAGGUAUUGUCUUGAGGCUGGGUGGUUGUUUGGGGAUGGGAGGGAGGAGGAGAGGGAGUAAAGGGUGGCCUGACCUGGCCUUUUUUGUAUUGUGGGGAGGGUUUAGGUGUCGUGUGCAUGGUGGGUGAGGGAGUUGUAUAUUGAAGUCUGGAGUCUGGCGUAGAAGACGCCACGCAUAUGGCAUUUUCGUUUGGAGAUAGAAUGGAGUUGGGAGGGGAAGAUUGGCAUAGCUUGACUGAAUAUUGAUUAUUGCACCUGGGAUUAUGCGCGUGUUGUGUACAGUACAAGAAGGCCGUUAUAUUUAAAUAUAUGUGAGAUCCUAUAUCCUGUACUUACAUCAUUUCCUCGGGGUGAG